GAUGUGUAGUGAGACGAACUCAUCCAGUAUUAGGUGUUUGUUGACGUAAUCACCCAACACUCUAUUCAUUGAUGUGUAGUAGCGAGAUGUACUCAUCGAGCACACAUGAUUUGUUUAUCGGGGUAAUUCUGUAACCGUGUUGUGUGGUAUUCGAUCUGUCUGAUGUGUUUUCUUUCUCGAUUGAACAGUGGCAUCGAUUUUACAGACGGCAUUUUAGGUUCAAGAAGGUGGACACGAAGAAUGCUGACCAGUGGUGACAUUGAGAACUACUUUACAGGCAGUUCUGAAGUUGAAUUCUACGAAGACAACGACGACCUACAGGAUCACUACCUACUCUGCCAGAAAAACCCAGGUCAUCCGAAGUUUAUCCCAGUGCCAUCCUUCACUCUACAGCACCUACCUUCACGCUACCACGAUGGUGAUAUGAUGGCGCUGAUGAAGGCGUUAAUUACUAUCACUGUGAAAAUAAACGUUAACUUUAACAGCAUCCGGAGACCGCAGUAUUUUCCUAACACGACAAACGAAUAUCCGUUUUACUUUGAAAGGGGGAAGUUCAGGAAGAAGACGGGGUCUGGUGUUGUGAGACGUGCUCACAAACUUUCGCCCCGAGAUAAAAUCACGUGCAAUUGUAGAAAGUGUAAAGAUUCGGGGAAUCCGAAGAUCGCGUGUGGUAAGUUUGAAAUCCACACAGCCACACAUGUGGUUUUUGACCAAAGCGAGGUCGAGAGUUCAACAAUUCAUUUUUUUUACGACUCGCCGGAUAGUCCAUUCACGGAGUUAAACGGAGGGAGGAUUGUUAUUCCGGAUAUUUCCGGAGAUUGGACACAGUUUGUGUGCUUGACAUGCGAUGAGCAGCUUUUUGAGACAAUUUACUCAGCCAGGAGACGGUUCAACGAUUUGAGGGAGGUAAUUAAUGAGAAGUAUGAAAAGUUUGUUGACGAAGACAAAUUAGCGGUGAUCGUGUCGCAUCCGCACGGUAGGUCAAAGUGUGUGUCUGUGGGUAGGUGGGAGCUGGUGGUCAAUGAACACGACAGCCUGCACUCAAAGUAUGCGUACAGUACGUGUACAUGCCCGGGGAGCAGUGGGGCGUAUGUGUACAUGAUAGGCGACCUCUUCACCACGUACACACAUGUACACAGCGGCUCUAACCCACACUGUAACUUCAGUGGGAAAGGUGGGUUCGGAUCCCUGUGAGACCGUGAGCACGUAUACGUAGGUACCCGUUUAACUUAAGGAAGAGGUUUGUGUCAAUAGCCUAUCUGUUCAAUAAUUUUUGAGACAAAACCUUAAUGAUAUCCACAACUAAAUAUAAUGAUAUUAGACAAUGAUAUUCAUAACUAAAUAUAAUGAUGUUAGACCAAACCCUAAAAAUAGCCAUAACUAAAUCUAAUGACAUUAGACAAAACUAUAAUGAUAUUAGUAACUAAAUCUAAUGACAUUAGACAAAACCGUAAUGAUAUUAAUAACUAAAUAUAAUGACCUUAGACAAAACCUUAAUGAUAUUCACAACUAAAUCUAAUGACAUUAGACAAAACCGUAAUGAUAUUAAUAACUAAAUAUAAUGACCUUAGACAAAACCUUAAUGAUAUUCACAACUAAAUCUAAUGACAUUAGACAAAACCCUAAAAAUAUCCAUAACUAAUUUAACUAAAUAUAAUGACAUUAGACAAACCCUAAAAAUAUCCAUUACUAAAUCUAAUGACAUUAGACGAGACCUUAAUGAUAUUCAUAACCA